AAAGUUAGUUAGUUAAUAGUAAUUAGCUUAGUCAUCUAAUCUUUGUGAGGACUAAGGAGGCUUCAUAUAGUGGCAGGGAGAAAGGUAUCAUCACCUUGGCUUGUGAUAUGGAACACAGAGGUAGAGGUAGAGUGUGUGUCACUGGGGCUUCAGGCUUUCUCGCUUCUUGGCUAAUUAAGCGACUUCUUUUGUCUGGCUAUCAUGUCAUUGGAACUGUCAGAGAUUUAGGGAAGAAGAAGAAGUAUGAAUACUUAUGGAGUCUAGAAGGAGCAACGGAGAGGCUCCAACUAGUCCAAGCUGAUUUGAUGGAAGAAGGCAGCUUCGACAACGCAAUCAUGGGAUGCAAAGGAGUCUUCCAUGUGGCCUCUCCUGUACUCAAUACUAUAUCUGAUCCCAAGUCAGAAAUAUUGGAGCCGGCAGUAAAAGGCACGCUAAAUGUUCUGCGCUCUUGUGGAAAGAACCCUGCCCUUGGUCGUGUGGUAUUAACUUCAUCUUCUUCAACUCUUAGGCUAAGAGAUGAUUUUGAUCCAAACACACCACUAGAUGAAUCAUCCUGGAGCUCCUUGGAAAUUUGUGAGAAACUCCAGGCAUGGUAUGCGAUGGCAAAGACACAGGCAGAAAGAGCAGCGUGGGAAUACUGCAAAGAGAAGGGAAUAAAUUUGGUGACAGUUCUGCCAUCAUUCAUCAUCGGACCCAGCUUGCCUCCUAAUUUAUGCUCUACUGCAUCUGAUGUGCUAGGGUUGCUCAAAGGGGAAACCAAGAGAUUCCAACUACUUGGAAGGAUGGGAUAUGUUCAUAUCGAUGAUGUUGCCCUUUGCCAAAUCCUUGUUUAUGAAAAUGAAGACUCCCAUGGUAGAUACCUUUGCAGCUCUACCGUAAUGGGUGAAGAUGAUUUGGCUUCAUUGCUAGCAAAUCGUUAUCCUACCCUCCCUAUCUCCAAAAGGUUCGAGAAACUAGAUAGACCACAUUACGAACUAAACACUGGAAAGCUCAGGAGUCUAGGAUUCAAGUUUAAGUCUGUUGAAGAAAUGUUUGAUGAUUGCAUUGCCUCUCUUGUGAAGCAAGGCCAUGUCACUCUUCACCAAGGCCACGGUCCAAUUGAAUGAACUUGCAUAAGUUGUUAGUUGAGAUUGUAAUCUUAAUCCAAAUGAUCAAUAACAUUGUUGGGUUGAUGGUACUUGCUUCCCAAAUUAAUGACCC